GGUCUCGACAAUGUUCAUAAACAGAGAGUUGCUGAAGUGCUGAAUGACCCUGAGAGCAUAGAAAAAAGGCGAAGCCGAGAAAGCCUCAAUGUUGAUGUGGUAAAGUACGAGAGUGGUCCUGAUGGAGGCGAGGAAGUGAGUAUGAGCGUAGAAUGGAAUGGGGAUGGCACUGGAUCUUUAAAACGCAGUGGUUCCUUUAGCAAACUUCGCGCUUCCAUUAGACGCAGCAGUGAGAAGCUGGUUAGAAAGCUGAAGGGAGGAAGUUCACGAGACAGUGAACCAAAGAAUCCAGGCAUGAAGCGUGCCAGUUCUCUGAAUGUUCUUAACAUGGGUGGCAAGGCUACUGAAGAUCAUUUUCAAGAACGAAAUAAUUGUCUGACAGACUCGAGAGCUCUGAGUGUCAGUCAUACUGACUUGGCGCAUUGAGAUUCUUGGACAGAAGCUAGCUAAUAUUCCUUGGUGAAUAAAGAAGCACUGAGACCUUCAAAGCUUUGGUUCCUCAUCGUUAUGUAUAGGAACACUUAGUUUGUAGAUUUUGUUGGGUUUUUUCCAAUGGACUGCUGUUUUUACUUUUCUAAAUAGGAAUGAUUUUAAAUACAGCAUUAGUGGGUAUUUUCUCCUAAAGGAAAACUAUAUAGAUACAUAUUGCUCAUUGCACUGCUCCCAUUCAUGCUACUCACGUUGAUUUCUUUAAUAGAUCUGAAUAUUACAGCAGCCAAAAAAAAGGUAAAAAUACAAACAUAUUUGAAAGCAUACCAAAACGCAAAGGUGUUUGAAAAUGCAGGCAAAAUUAAAUGUGUAGCAGUAAAUAUACACAGUGCUGGAAUGAGAAAAGGAUAGAUUUAUGUGCAUUACUGUAUAAAUGCAAACGGAGCAUACUGUAUUGGUGGGGCUUUCCUUUGCACCACGGGUUAUUGUAACGUUAGAAACCUUAGCUGGCAAACCAGCACUUGGACACGGCUUACUUAACCACUAGAUUGAGCUAUUAAAUUUUAGAGAGGAGAUGGUUGGGGUUCCAUGGCACAUAGAUAGCAUGGCUAGCGAUACCUGUGACCAUCACUUGGAAUCUUGUUGAUAGGAGUCCUAGGGCACAAUAAUCAAUGGAGAUAGGAUGGUUCGUGUUGAUCGGGAGAAACGGAAAAUGUUUUGACCUUUACUUUGUAUGGUUGACGAAUGCUGAAGUUUCGGACUGCAACUGUCCCAGAGCGGCUGCUGGUGCUCUUGGGGAAACAUCAAGCCUCAGGUUGACUUUCUUGCUUGUCCACUGGAAUUCACAAUCCCAUUCUCUGUUUGCUGAAAGUGCUCCAACAUUUCCUUAACGCCGAUCCCAAAUCCUGCCGUUCUCCGCAACAGCUGAUGGCAGCAGAAGCAGGCAGCUGCAUGCUGGGCUGUUACACCGUGGAGCAGCUGCUGUGCAAAGGACCACUCGGAUCCGAAGGGCCCCAGUGGAAGCACCAGACGGCCGAUAAGUGGCAAGCAACUCGUUUGACCACGCAUCCAUGUUAAAUCUACUUACGGUCAAUACAAAUGCUGUCUGCAUACGGGACUGCUGCUGGAACUGAGUAUGUAUGGUUUAAGUAUUUUACAGACACUAGCAUUUCCUCUUGCUUUUCUGUAAAGCUUGUAAUUUUGUUCAUCUUUUGUAAAAAUUCUUAUUCAUGUGAAGUUGGAUGAGAAAGUAAAAUAACCAACUGGUGUGCGUACAGAUGUAUUUGCGGUCAUAGUUGGAAAACGUCGAACGAAACUAACUUUGGGAAAAGCUGGAAUAUUCACUCAAGGUUGGCACCAACCUGAAGGAGGCAAAACACAGGGACAUGAGCAAGUUUCAGUAUUUGAACAGGCUGUGAAGAGCCAUUCGUACUUCGUAGAAGUAUUUGACUGGCUUUGCAUCUGGUUUUACGUUGUGUUACGAUACCUGAUGCAAAAAGUUGUAUGUGUAAUGCACUUGACUGUGUUUACCAGGAGGUACCUUAUUAGCAUCUCUUCAAAGAAUGCUGCGUGUGGUAUACCUGCUAUAAGGACAGUUUGGAAAUGGUGGGAUAUGAUGCUGCUAAUGUGUAGAAGUUUUAGCACAGCGUAGUGCAAUUCAUUAAUGAACUUGAGCAAGAGCGAGUUGUUGCUCAGUUAUCUUAACAAUAUAUACUCAUAUAAUGUAGACUUUUGAGUUUUAAUCUUUUAAUAAGAGCUUUUUAUAUAAAAAUAUACAUAAUAUAUAUACUCAUUUUUUCCCCUGAAGCAAAACACAUGAUGUGCACCCAUUGCUGGACUCUGUUCUCUGCAGAAAACCAGACUGAGCGAGCUUUGCACAAAGAACUGUACCUGGGGUCGCUGCCGCCGGGCAGGCCGGGGAGGUGGCUGGAGAACCCGUCCGCGGCAGCGCCCGUGCGGCGCUCCCACUACAAACACCCCUUGCUGUCA